CGGCUCGGAGAGCAAUGUUUAGCCCACUGAAGCGGAGGAGGAGCCCUUCAGGGUUCUCGUCGUCGUCCAGCGCCGAGGAGGUCACCUCCGGCAUCGAUGGCUCCGGUCUGGUUGCCAUCGUCACAGGUGGGUCUCAUGGGAUCGGAGCAGAAACCUGCCGGGUUCUAGCACUUCGAGGUGUGCACGUAGUGAUGGCGGUGAGGAACCCGUCAAGUGGUGCGCGCGUGAAGGAAGAGAUUGAGAGACAGGCUCCAACAGCCAAGAUUGACAUCAUGGAGCUUGACCUCAGCUCAAUGUCGUCUGUGAGAAGAUUCGCGAACAACUUCAAAGCGCUUAAUCUCCCGCUCAACAUUCUGGUUAAUAAUGCAGGGAUUUCCUAUGUGCCUUUCUCGCUUUCAGAAGAUGGCAUUGAGCUGCAAUUUGCAACAAAUCAUCUCGGUCAUUUUCUACUAACCGAUCUUUUACAUGAAAAUAUGAAAGUUACUGCUAUAGAGACUGGCCUGGAAGGAAGGAUUGUCAUAGUUGCUUCUGCAAGCCAUAGAUUCUCAUACAGAGAGGGAAUUCGUUUUGAUAAGAUAAAUCAUAUGUCCGGUUAUAAUGGCUUCUUUGCUUAUUGCCAGUCCAAGCUAGCCAACAUAUUGCACUCCAACGAACUAUCUAACCAAUUGAAGGAACAAAAUGCACAAGUGGUAGUUAACUCCCUUGAUCCAGGAGUUGUAGUCAGCAACAUUUUGCAUCACCGGUGGUUUCUACAGGGUAUUGUUUUUGGGCUUGGUAAAUUUGUAUUCAAAAAUGUCCAACAAGGAGCAGCUACAGUAUGCUAUUUGGCAUUGCAUCCUCAGGUUGCUGGAAUUACUGGCAAGUACUUCGCUGAUUGCAAUGCUGUUGAACUAAAGUCUCAUGCAGCCAACAGGGAAAUGGCCAAAAGGCUCUGGGAUUUCAGUGUGAGCCUACUCCGUUGAUACAAGUUAUGAAGGUAGUUGUUUUGGCGUUCUUGAGAUUACUCAAAUAGCAUCACGCAGUUUCAGUCUGUAAAGUCUGCAAUCGUCUGGCGUUCGAAUCGGUGCCUAGCAACUGUGUGUCAAGGAACUACAUUUAGGUGCUGUGAAACAGCAAGGCUUCUUCAGCAAGUGUACCUGAAGCCCCAUAUGUGAGUGGUCAGGGAACUGUCCUCGCCCAUCGAACUACUGUAAAGACUAAUAAUACCAGAUACAGUAAAAAAAAUAACAGUUGUAGUACAUAUUGUUGUUGAACUACCUCAUGAAAGCAAUCAGUAUGGUGUAGGAUGUAUCAUGAUUGGACUUAAAUGCGGAGAUAGAAAUGUUAGGAAAUAUUGCGAUGAGCAUACGCCAUCUUUUCCUUGCGAUAAUCUGCAAGGCAAACUGAAUUUAGACUAGAAUUACUGAGGGUUGUAACCAAUAAAUUAUUAUCACUACAAG